UCAUGCGCCGACUUCCUCGCACAGCCAUGACAUACGAACAGUCUCUCACAAACAUCACAUGCUUAGCCAGUGAGGCUCAACUGCAUCGCAUGAAAAGGGCUUGAUUUUUCCCCACACUACUAUCGUUGCACUCUCUCCUGCAUAACACCAGCCCAUGUGCGAGUGAGAGCACAAUAGGACUGCUCACGAAAAAAAUAUCACUGAAGAAACUCGUGAAUCAUUCCGGCGAGAGCAUGCAGCUAAACUCCGCCAUGGUAACAAACUCCUUCAGUGGAGAAGAUCUUGUCGGGCGGCAAAUUUUGGAUUUAGAUUGUACAGAAAGUCCUAGAGUUGACAAGUGCCGAAUGCACCAGGAGUCGCUGCUUAGAAUAAAAUAUACUCACAACGAUAAAGUGAUACGAUUGUGUGUUUUUGAAUGGCUAGUAACUCUAUUUGUUUGUUUCACCUUGGUGUUCUCAGCCUGUGAAGCUUGGCCCACUAAGCAGCGGACGUCUUUAUCAGAAGUUCAAAUUGUAGACUUUCUGGACAAAUUUGGCUACCUCCCACCAUCAGGUUUUCAGACGGAGAACUUACGAACAGACGAACAGCUUAAAGAUUCCAUCAAGCUAAUGCAGAGGUUUGGAGGAAUCAACGAAACAGGCGUAGUCGACCAAGCAACGAUCAAACUGAUGAAUAGAAAAAGGUGUGGCAUGCCUGACCUGAUUGGAUUGUCUGAUCGGGCGAAACGAUAUGCAAUACAAGGUCAGAAAUGGGAGAGUACAGACCUCACGUGGAGCAUCAAGGAUUGGCCAAGAGGUAUGGACCCACGGGAGGUUCAUGACCAACUAGCCAAAGCAUUGAAGGUAUGGAGUGACGUUUCGAAACUUACUUUCACCUACAUUAGGAGCGCGGAAGCUGAUAUAAUAGUCUCCUUUUUAUCGGGUUACCAUGGUGAUGGAUAUCCGUUUGACGGGCUGGGUCAUAUAUUAGCACAUGCAUUUUUCCCGGGAAAAGGAAUUCAAGGUGAUGUACAUUUUGAUGCAGAAGAAAAAUGGUCUGCAAAACAACUUGACCAAUACACUGGCGAUGAAGUAAACCUUUUCGGAGUAGCAGCCCAUGAAUUUGGCCAUUCUCUAGGUUUGUCUCACAGUUUGGAACAAGGAUCUCUUAUGUUCGCCUACUACCAGGAAAUAAAGGAACACUUCCAGUUGCCUUAUGAUGAUAUGAUUGGUAUUCAGCAGCUAUAUGGUUCUAAGAAUCCGAAAACUUGGGCUCCAAUGCCACCACUGACACAGCCUCCUAAAGUCCGUCCACCCAAACCUACAACAACAAAGAAACCAGUUUGGAGACCAAUAACCCAACGGCCUAUUCAUCCUCGUCCUUCCACUCCUUUACCAGAGGAACCCAAGCCAACACCUCCUCCUCAACCCAAGAAACCUGAUGCUUGUGAUAUGCAUAUAGAUGCUAUUUCAAUUAUUCGCAACGAAAUAUUCUUGUUUAAAGAUAAAUACUUUUGGCGUCUGGAUGAAAAAGGUUCCAUUCGGUGGGCUAGUCAUUAUCCGACAGAAAUUGAUAAGUUUUGGUACGGUGGCUUGAAGAAAGUUGAUGCAGUAUAUGAGAGGACUAAUGAUGGAAAAAUCGUGUUCUUUAGUGGGAAUCAGUACUGGCUAUUUAAUGGAAACAAACCAGAGGUAGGAUAUCCUCGACCAUUAUCAGAUCUUGGUCUCCCAACAAGUUUGAAGAAGAUUGAUGGAGCGAUGGUGUGGGGGCAUAAUGGAAAGACAUACCUGUUCAGUGGGGAACAAUAUUGGCGUUAUAGUGAAACUGAAGGAGUAGUAGAACUGGAUUACCCCAGAGAUAUUAAAACAUGGAGGGGUGUUCCCUAUAAUAUUGAUGCAACCUUUCAAUAUAGUGAUGGUAAAACUUACUUUUUUAAAAGUAAGUUCUUUUGGACUUUUAAUGAUCAAAGGAUGAAUGUUGCUGAUCCACAUCAGCAACAUAUCUCUGAAGUUUGGUUUGGUUGUCCUAGAACUAAUCAACAGUUGCCUCUUGAUGGAAAUUCAGUUGUUCCUGUGCUUUUGAAAGCCAAUAAUUUGGUUUGGUGGUUGGUUACUGUUACAUUGUUUUUACAGUUUUUAUUGUGUUAAGGAAUCAAGAACAAAAGGUACUUGAUGCUUGAGUAUUUAUGCAAUCUAUGUUUCUUACUGAUAGUUAUAUUUGAAGCAUCUGACACUGUGAUUAUGUCUUCAUUAUAUGUGACUAAAGAAGAUGAGGAGGAAGAAGAUAAAGAUCUUAUUCAACAGUAAGAAAAACACGUUAAUAGUGAUGAAGUUACAUCCCAUAAAAGUGUGACUUUGAGCAUGAAAAUGGAAACGAAUUGACCUAUACUCCUCAUAAACUACCUACAAAACUCAAAUUAUUAUAUUCAAUACAGAUUAUUCUUUGUUUAUUUUUAAAGUUAUAAGUUAUUGCACCAGCUGAAGUUCUGUCUUGGCUUGCAUUAAUUAUAAAUAUGGUUCCUUUUAACUGUAAUCACCAUUGUAGCCACUAUAGUUGUGACUCUUACCAGUAAUAUAGUCAUUUAAGGAAUACCAACUCCUUAAUCUACAUACUACAUUGAUUGCAAAGAUAUUUAUAUGGAAAGACAGGUAUGCUAAUGUGAAUAACAGAAUAUUGACCAAAUUUAUUAAUAGUAAAUUAUUUAAUGAAUUAAAGUUGAUAAUAUCAGUUAGAAUCGUUGAAAUCAUAAUCAAAUAGCAUCAUGAUAUUAAAUUUUGUAGAGGGAAAGGAUAUGUAUGUUUUAAACAUUUAGUUUUGUGAUAGAAGAAAUAAAUCAACCAAAGUGUUUAUAAAGCUACAAGCACAAGCCAACUAAAAAGAUUGAGAAAUUAACAAUUGAAGAAAUUUCUAGUGAUCUUCAUUUUCUAGCACCUGCUGCUUACCUGUGUAAUGGUCAGUGACCCAAAAUAAAUGCAUUAGAGUAUAAGGAAGUACUUCUUUCCUCAGAUCAACAAUACUUUUGUCAGGCUUGUAUCCAUCCCUUUAAAGAUGCACCAUUGGUGCUAGAAUAAUUAUAUAUUGCUUAAAAAAAGGGUAGAUAAAAAGUUGUGGUUUAUGUACUACUAAUGUAUCUGCCAAAGACCAGCAAUGUUAGUUACAAUUAUAACCACUUGCAGUUUCUUCAGAAGACUUAAUCAUAAUUCAGAGUCACAAUUUAACUGGAAAAAGCCGACUUUGUGGUUAGAAUUAUAAACAAGGCCUAUGUGAGUUUUUAUUUUAAAGAGAAAAAACUCAAGUUAAUUUGUAUUCCAUCUUAAGAAUAUUAAAAACACUAUAUUUUUAAUGUAUUUUAAGAUCUAUGACAGCUGAGAGAAGAAGGUAUGCCAUAUAUAAUGGAUAAAUGGUGUUUGUUAUUUUGGUGCUAAUUUUUAAGGGGUUUUUUUGCACUGUAAAUAGUUUUAAGUUUUACCAGAAUGUUACAAGCUUUUAACAUUUUGGUAAAUGAAAUCAUAUCUUAGUAAAUAAAUUUUCUCAUGCAAGUUUACACUUAUAAUACACCUGUAAAUUAUGUUUUUAGUCUAAAAAAUCUAGAACUUAUGGGUUUUCUUUGGAUGAUUUCAUUAAUAUCAUUUUGUAGUGUUUCAGUUAAUUCAAAAGUCAACAGUGAAAUAUAUGUGAAACUAAUAAGCAAGGUACUUGAUGUACUCAAAAUAUGAGGCUUGUAACAAUACUUCUUGUUUAUCUUAUGUUUACUGUUUUGUUGUUUAUUUUAAACAUGCAUGGUUUUAAACACUACUUGGUUUGAUACUUAAUCUUUCUUGAGUUACAGUAUGAGGAAUCUUCAAUCAGUAUAUCCAGAAGUCCAAAAUUUAUAAUUAUUUAAGUCUUCCCUAAGAUGUUAAGGUUGAGAUAUUUUCAACUAAUCUGUUCUUAUUAGGUAAAGAAAAUUUAAAGUUUUGAUAUGGUAAAGGGCCAGGGUCAACUUAGUGGUUUGGGUGCUUGGACUGUGGGUCUAAAGGUUUAUGUUGGUGGCCUGUUGCUACGAAAACACACUCCUCACUUUAGGGCUGUAGGCACUACAGAUUAGUUGCCUCCCCUCUAGUCUUUCAGUUUAAAAUUUGGAAUGACUAUGUGCAGAUAGCCUUUUUGCAGCUUCGCACAAACAAUCUGAAACAAAUUAUAUAGUAAGUAUAUUUUAAAAACCUUGUUGGUUACUAACGAGUACCUUAUUUUACGAUAUCAUUAUUAAUAUUAUAUGUCAGUCACUUUUGAACUGAGCAUUUGCCCUAAUUUUUCCAAAUAUAUUUUUAGAAUCAUUCAAAAAUUUUCACCUGAAUAGCAUUAUAUUACCCCUAAAAUAUUAUUUUUUCCUGGAAAUUUUGAUAAAAGGAAAAUAUUUAAUAACAAAAAACUGUUUGUGAUGUAUUAAUCAAAAAUAUCACUUUGUAAGAUAACACUGUGAAACACAAAAAAGCAAUUGUUAAUUCCAAAACAUGACUCAAAAUCUAUAGUCCUUUGAAAAGUGGUUUCUUUAGAACAGUUCAGCAUGUAAAGCACUUUCAAAGACUGAACUCUAUAAAAUGACACAAAAGUUAUAGCACUUUCAAAGAAAUAGCCCAAAACUUUGAAAGAAUCCAUAAGCUCAAACAUUUUUUGAAAACUUUAGUGCUUUCAAAGAACUGUCCACUCCUAAAAUGGCUCAAGUUUUUUGGGUGUUUUCUGGAUAUAAUAAAAACUAUACCAGUAGUGAUACAUGUGAGUAAAAAGGAAUACUAUAUGUACAUGUAUAAAAAAAAAUGUUUAGGAACACUAACAACUAUUAUUAGGAAACUGGUAAACUCAUACCACAUAGUGUAAUUACUUAAGAGUAUUAUCUAAUUCAUUCUUAAUCACUUAUUUUGCUCAAGCCAAGUUAAACUGCUGUUAUUUUAUGUGAAGAAUUUUUAAUGUCUAUUGAUCUAAAGCCUAGAAAAACCUCUCAUUUAUUUUUUUAUCAAGCUGAUUUGAUGUAUGUGGUAUUACAAUGAAAACUUUUUCUUUUUCAUGAAGUAUUACCUUUUUCAUACAACAGCACUUGAUAUCUAGGUACUGCAUAAAAAUUCAACUUCUAUUAAAUUAUUUAUAAAGUUAUAGUCAUCAUAUUUAUAUAAGUCAAUUUUUUUUCAAUAAAACUUAGUCUAUCCAUAAAAGAAUUUGUCACAUUAUGUGGAUUGUCAUGCAUGUAAUUUUUUUUUUCAUUUCUACAUGCUUUCAUUUUCCUUAAGCUGUGUUCCGGCAUGGCAGGUAAAGAUCUGAUUAUGUAUACUUUAAUUGUAAAUGGACUUCCACUACUGUAUUUGCUUAAUUAACUUUUGCAAACCUCUAUUAUAAAGAAAAUAUAUAUAAAAACUAAUAUAGAUGAUUGACCUGUAUUAUGUACACAUUGUUUAAAUUUUCAAUCCCAUUUUAUGAGUUUAAAAUAUACAUCAACAAUUUCGAAUUCUUCCACUUUUUUCUAUAUUUUCUAUAUUGUUAAAAAUGUUAACCGAGACUGUAGUAUUUGUUUUUGUAAAAAUAUUACCCAUCUCUUAUUAUGAUACUGGUUUGUCAUUAAUAUCAUAAAUAUUAAACUUUGUUCAUGCAAUAACAUUACUGAUUUCACAUUACAUAACCUGCAAAUAGAGAAAAAGAAAAAGCUUAUUCCUUUUAAUCUUUUAAACGACAAAGAACUUACAAAACUUUUAUUUAACUGUAUGUACUACGAAAUGCAAUGCAAAAAAGUAAAAAUUAUUAUCUUCUGUUAUUUUUUUCACAAGCAGUAAGCAGCAGUUUUACUAGAUGUCUCUAAUAGCUAACAGUAUUAGACUCAACUUUUUUUAAAUAAGUUCUCAAAGACCUUUGUAGGAAGCCAUGUUUCCACUUCUGUUGUUCUAUGUAUAUCAGUAACACAAAAGUGGGAAACAUGUCAUGAUAUAUUUCUAAAAUUACAAUGGUAAUAUUAUCUUCCAAAAACAUUAUCUUCCUAUCUUGAAUACUUUUAUUGUUGUGAUACUGGCACAAACACUGUACAUAUAUGAUUUUCUUUUCAACAAAGCAAAUUGAAAUAAUAUUUUAAUGAAAUACUUCAAGUAACUAGGAAUGUUUGUUUUGUUUUAGUUGUUAACUUGAAAACAAUUGAAAAUUUUAGAAUUAAUCAGUCUAUAAGAAUUUAAAGUGUGUGUGUUGAUGUAUGACUUGUGGUAACAGUAAUACCUUGUUUAAAUGAUGUUUAGUGUUUUUAAUAUUUCUAUUUUAUUGUACAUGUAUCAGAAGAAAUUUAAACUUACAGAAUUAUAAAUGGUGAGAUAUUUUAGCAUUUUUUCAUCACUGCCUAAGUAUGUUAAAUAUUUGACUACAUCUGCUCUUGAACAACAGGGUAUCUAGGAGGCUUAUAUGAUGCAAUGUUUUAUACACAGACGAUAUUCAUAUUUUUGAAAAUAUGGAUGUUUAUGUUGUGGAAUCUAGCUUAACGUUUCAGUAAGAAGAUUAUGUUGUAAGAUAUGUUUUUGUAUUACCAUACUUAAUAGUAUUUUUACAUAAGGAUAGUUUAACAUAAAAUUUGUCUGGGCUGUAUAUCUUAUAUCGAGUUGCAUGGUGAUAGCUAGUUAAAUUUAUAUAUGGUAUGUAGCUUGCAUUUUAGCAGUUUGCUAUUACUGGGUCAGCUUUAGUCUUAUGUGACUCUGAUAGUUACAGCCAUUAAAAAAAAUGAUGAAACAGGAUACUCAAAUAGUUCAAUAUACUUUAUACUGGUAAAGUUUAAGGUGUAAAGUCCUUUAUUAUUAAUACUGGUAAUUUCAAAUAUGGAUUAUUUCAUAAUUUACAAGAAAAACUAAAACAGUACUUCUACUUAUGUUGCAUUCCAUGAAAACUACAAACAUUUGCUUUAUUAUACACCAUGCUUAAAACCUAUGCAUACAUCAUACUAAUUAUAAUCACUUAAUCCUCGUGGCCAACUAGUUCUAAGUGUAAGAUCUAUUCCUGACUAAUUGUUUCUUUAUGUGCAAAAAUAUGUAUAUUUAAAGAUUCCUGAAGUAAAAAUACUUUAUUACAUCUACACACAUAUAAACCUCAAAGACAUAAUGUAUUUUUCCUGUUUUAUCAUAUUAAUGCUUAGAAUGUUUUGAUUCCUUUGUAAAUUUCAAAUAUGGUAUGAAUCAAUAAAUUCUGAA